AUGCUGCAGGGGAGGGGCCAGGAGAAGCACGCGAAACGGGCGAAGCUGUACGAAAUGUCAUCGCCGGGUCCUCCCCGUCUCUGCGACCGCGCGGGCACGAGCGGCAUGCUUCUGGCUGCUCUACAACAGUGCGGCCAGCAGCAGGGGGGCAGCAAGUCCGCCGCAAGCAGGGAAAAAAGCGAACCAACCCCACCAGCUUCUACCGCCGCCGCCAGAGGCGCCGACGAGCUUGGCUCAAUCGACAACGACUGGAUGUCGUUGACGUCGAGGCCGAGGGAGCUGGACGCUGGUGCCUUGAGCGGAAAGGACCGGAUGGUCGACGCGUUUGACCUCGUGCUGAUUGUGGACCUCGGGGAACAGCGAGACAAGGUCCGAGCCCCCAUCCGAGACAAGCUGGAGAGGUUUCUCUCCCAGCUGUCUCCCCGCCGAGCAGGGCUGGCCGCGGCGUCUCCGACAGGCGUCGUCGGCCUGGAGAUGCAAGUCGCUCGUUUGCAGACGGGGGACUUCGCGUGGGCGUGGAGGAGAAGGAGGAGCGGUUCCCGCGGCACCGAUUUGCUGACGGGGCCGUCGGAAGAGCUGCUGCUGCUGGACUGCCUGGUGGAGAGGAAGAAGGAAGACGACAUCAUCAACAGUGUCGAGGGCUUGGCCGGGAGAUACCGCGCGCAGAAGCGGCGCAUGUCCUUGUGCGGGCUGAGCCGGCUGAUUUAUCUGCUGGAGGGGAAGCUUGAAGGGCACGUCGCAUACAAGUCGUCGGUUGACAAGACCAAGACGAUGCGCACGAUGGAGACCGACACUCUUGCUGAGGGCUUCGCGAUCAAGAGGGUGGACAAUGUGGAAGAAACGGCUGCUUUCCUUCUGUCGCUCUCCCUUCAGUUGAUGGCGAGCCAGGGCGCCGAAACCAUCCAAGAGUACUGCUCCAACCCUUCCCGCCCCAAGGUGUCGUUUGGGGAGUGGAGUACGGCCAUGAAACCCAAGAGGCUAGAACCGCGCACCGUCACGAUGGAGUUCGCGAGGUGCCUUCUCAUGGUGAACGGCGUUAGCGCGGAGGGGGCGAGGGUGAUCGCUCGCGAGUUCCCCACGCCUAUGAGGUUCAUCGAGGCCCUGCGGCAAUGCAGCUCCCCGGAAGAGCAGAAAAGCCUCGUGCAGAAGCUCAAGCUUGCUGAUGGCGGGAAGAAAGGCAGCUGUAGGACCGUCAACGAGCCGACCGCCCGCAAGUUAGUAGCCCUCUUCGCCGACAAGCCGCAAGCCUAAGCUAACAACGGUGCCAUGCCACUAGAUGGGGGAGUGCCGCUGAGAGGGAACAAUAAAUAAGUGAUCCAAUUUGGAAAUAUUUUUCUUUUCUAGAAUGUAAGAGGGCUCGGAAUUUAAGAGUUGAGGUUGACGCGUGGAGGAACACGGCCGUAGUGUUUAUUUCGCGAGGUUCCAUACCAUAUAAUAAUGGAAGGCAACGCCCGGCAGGAGGGAUGGACACGCAUUGGAGCUCCUAUCCGGCAGCACUGCUUUGACAGCGGUGAGCGCUGAUUUAACUUCAUGUCCAAAAUACGAAAAAGGAAAAAAACAUUCGUAGGUGUACUGUAGCUACUGCUGCCGGUUGCUCGCGAGGGUGGUGGUGGAUGUUCUUGUGUAUCACCGGGUUGGUGUGUUUCUUUCUCUUGUGGCUUUAUUAUUUUCUUGUAUGCUGCAACAUUUACUGUAGGAAGGGCGAGCAAAC